GCGGUGUUCCCGGUCGGGGCGGAACUGGUAAGGGAAUCACCGGAAGCGGAAGUGGGAGCUGUGAGGGGAGAGGGAUGGAGGAGCCCGAGAUGCAGCUGAAGUUACAGACAAAUUCACAGAGAGCAUGUAUGUGCUGGCCAACGAGCCCUCUGUGGCCCUGUACCGGCUCCAGGAGCACGUCCGGAGAUCACUUCCAGAGCUCGCUCAGCACAAGCUGGAACAACAGUGGAUGUAGCUGCUGGUGGUGUCUCCUCCAGCCUCAUCAGCCCCCACAUUCAUUCUUCCAAGGCUGCAGUGCCAUGUUUGGGAGCGUGCUCUCCUCCCUGCAGUCCGACAUGCAGACCUGGGAGGAGCAGAGCCAAGGAGCCAUCUACACUGUGGAGUAUGCCUGCAGUGCCAUAAAGAGCAUGACCGACAGCAGCGUGUACUUCAAGAGCAUUGACAGUCUGCUCAAGCAUGCCAUUGCCAUGAAGGAUCAGCUGAACGCCGCUCAGGGCCGCAGCGCUGUUGCCCCACAAGCCAAAAAUCCUCCAGGUAGUUCCUGAUUUCAGACAAGACUGGCUGUCCUCUGCCUUCUCUGGCCCAGCUCCAUGUUCUCCGACCACGUGGAGGAAUAAGAAACCUGCUAAGUCCAUGAAGCUGCACAGAGGCCUGCGCCUGCCUCGGUUCCCAGUAACAAGGUGCUGCACUGGGGCAGGAAAACCCUGCCACUGGGGUCAGGAUUGCCUUUGGGGGGUGCUUUGGGGUGCAGUCAUAUCCCUUUCCACAGUGGGAAGGCAAACAGGGUUGUUCUGCAUUUGUCCUUUCCAGUUCUUUUUGAUGGUGGACUGCUAGGAGAUGUUUUUCCUCUCUAAUCUUUGGCCACAGAAAUAUCUCAAGAAAACUAGGUCUUGCUUUCAGUAUUUUGUAGAUGGUUGUGUCCAGACUGAAUGUAGGCACACUUCAGCCUUGUUAAGGGGGUGUUCUGCAAGGAGAGCUUUUCAUAUGUGUGCCAAAGAGUCGCUGAGUUUGGUCUUAGUGAGAACAAUAAUAAAAAGGGAAAACAAGUUUGUUCUGUCUCA